AUGGCUAAGAAAUCGGAUAAUACCGGCGGUAAGCUGGUCACAGUUUCUGUCGUCGGACUUUCUGGUACUGAGAAGGAGAAAGGGCAGCUCGGUGUCGGCAAGUCUUGUCUCUGCAACAGAUUCGUUCGCACACACGCCGAUGAUUACAAUGUUGAUCACAUCUGCGUGUUGAGUCAGUCGGACUUCAGCGGGCGCGUGGUAAACAACGACCACUUUCUGUACUGGGGCAGCGUCUCCAAGGAGAAUGAUGACCAGGAAUACAGGUUCGAGAUCGUGGAGCAGACCGAGUUUGUGGAUGAUGCCUGUUUUCAGCCGUUUAAAGUCGGCAAAACUGAAACUUACGUGAAGAGAUGCGUCGCCACAAAGCUUCAGUCUGCUGAAAAACUGAUGUACGUUUGUAAAAACCAGCUGGGAAUAGAGAAGGAGUAUGACCAGAGACUGAUGCCGGAUGGGAAGCUGUCUGUGGACGGUUUCCUGUGUGUCUAUGAUGUUAGUCUCGUGCCUGGACGGACUUGGGAGAAGCAGAACGAAGUCCUGGCAGCAAUUCUCCAGAACAUUCUAAAGCUCAAGAAGCCAGUGGUGCUGGUGACGUCGAAGAAUGAUGAGGCUUGUGACCAAGGAAUCAGGGAGGCUGAGAGGCUGGUGCAGCGUAAGGAGUUCAAAGGCAGCAUCCCCAUCGUGGAGACAUCCAGUCAUGAUAAUGUGAAUGUAGACCAUGCAUUCUUCUUGCUUGCUCAGAUGAUAGACAAAUCGAAGGCUAGGAUUAAGGUGGCGAACUAUGCAGAGGCUUUACGAAUAAGAAGAGAAACGCUAGACUUUGUCACCGAAGCUUUCACCCAGCUCAUCAGGAUGCAUGUGCAAGAUCAUAAAGAGAUGUGGUCGGCAGCCAGCAAGAGAUUGUGUCACUACCCUGAGUGGGUCAAGUUUGUUCAGCAGUUUGGAAACGACGGGACACAAGUCGUGUACCGUCGUCACAUUCGAAGACUGAAGGAGGAACGUUCAGCUAAGAAACUCCGCAAGCAGUUAGCCAAGCUGCCACAAGUACUGUCUAGAAUGCAACUACCCACCGAGGACUUGCAGGAGAACGACUGGCCGAUGGUAGUCCGUCAGUUACGCACUCACCGCGACUUCUCCGUGUACUUCAGCGAGGGUCGACACCAGGACUCCGGCUCCGAGUCAGGAUCUGACCUGGACAGUCCACUCGCUAUUGAUACCACGCUACGGGUCGGAGAACGGGCUAGAUACCAGACACUGGGACAGUCGCAGAAGAUUCCUUACGAGAUCCUGGAAUCGAAUGAAGCAGCAGCUGUCUUCAAGACAUUCCUGCAUGAAGCGCAGGAGGAACAUCGGAACUAUGAAUGGUGCCAACAAUUCAAGCGUCUCCUAGAAGAGACCGGCUACGUGACUCCCGGCAAGCAGUUGUCGGAAGUGCGCGUGCUACUGAUGGGCCGCGAGUGCUACGAGGCGCUCGCCGAGGACCAGCAGCAGAGGGUCUACGACCAGCACCAGCGGCAGAUACAACGCCGGGCUAAGGAUAACUUCCAGGAACUGCUACUGGAGCACGCAGACCUGUUCUAUCACUUCAAGAGCAUAUCUCCGACCGGAACGAUCACUCAGGAGGACAUCAAGGAGAUCACUGAUGUGCUACAAGACGAUUUCAGAUACAAGAUGUUGGACCGCAUGGAGCAGGACCGCAAGCUGAUGUUGUUCCAGCACCUCGGGUUCGUGCACUGCCCCAUGAGGGAGCACUGCCCUGCCGCCGCCAACUGUCUCGACGCCACGCUGCCCGUCAUACUCAACACCAGGGUGGGGUCUCUGACAUCGACGGGAGAGUCUCAGUGCCACGCGGGCCCGCCGGCCGCGCCCUGGGCGCUCACCACUGACUCCAACCAGAUCAACGUCAUUAUACUUGGCGUGGAAGGCAUAGCGGGUGAGUUCAGCAAGCGACUACUGGCGGGCUGCGACGCGGAGCGCCGCGUCACCGUGGGCGGCCACGCCUGGCGCGUCGAGCAACGCGUGCGGACCGACGACUUCAGCGCGGACACUACUUGCAUUGAUGACUUCGCUCCUAAUGGAUAUUUCUGCGUUUACCAAGAUCAAGAAUCGUUUGAGUACAUUAGAGGAUGUGCCGAGAAGACGCUGCUGUCGAGCUUAGAACAAGAGGACAAGUUACCGUUUCAGGGUUUACCAUUGGUGGUGAUGUUCGUUCAAGACGAGGGUCUGGACAAGAAGGAGCUGACCAGGUUGCAGGAAGAAGGGCAGAAUCUGGCUGACAAUCUUCACUGUUCCUACAUGGAAGCAUCAGUGAACGAACUGGGAACUGAAGCGCUUACUUCAGACGCCGUGCAAGAGUUAGUUAGAGCCAACAGGGAGAAGGCGAGCUACGCGCAUCUGUACAGAGAUGUUAUCGUGUGCUUCGAUUCUGAUAUCAGGAUAAUGGUUUGCAUGUUCUGCGACGACCCGUAUUCCCCGGAACGCGUGCUGAGUCCGUUACUACUGCACCGCGCUUGCUUCCUUACCGGGGACCGGUCCAUCGUCAUCGAGACGUUCCUAGGGGAUUCCAAACGGAAAGUCGAGGUCAUCAUAUCAAGUUUCCAUGGUGCAAGUCAGUUCAGGGAGGAAUUGAUCCACGGAUUCAUUCUCAUCUACUCGGCUAAGAGGAAGGCUAGCUUGGCCACAUUGAACGCUUUCUCAAUGAACAUCCCGAACCUGCCUAUCCAAAUGGUGGCUGUUACGGACGGAGGUGGUUCUGCCAGUACUUUCUUCGGCACGGACUUGGGACAUGCACUCAUCACUGAAGGAAAUGCCACCGCAGACAGACUCGCUGCUCACUUCACUACUUAUACCUCUAGCGCUGAAAAUAAAUCGGCGUUCUACACGCCAUUCUUCAAAGAGGUAUGGGAACGUAAGGGCGAGAUAGAGCGCGCUUUCCGCAUGGAACAACCACACAACCUGCCCGACGUCGCCGCCGCUAGACCUGCGCCGCCGCCCAGGAACCAUUCCUAUCAUCUUAACCAUAUGCGUGAGCACAAGCUGACCAACUCGUUGGACCUCCUCAUCGGGCCCGACUCCCGCGCAGACAUCGACUCGGAAUACAGCGACACACUCAACAACUCCAAGAAUAGGGGAUUUCUGAAAGGUUUUAGCGUAUACCCUCCACCUAGCACGCCCCCAGAACCAGCCCCACCAGACCACAGGAUGCACGCAGAUUUAUCACCGGACCUCAACUGUUCGGAGGAUUCCCUCAGCACCCAUGAGUCAGAUGGUGGUGGUCUAUGGCAACCAGCUAGCUAUGGACAUAGAGCAUUUACGACGGGACGCACUCGACCUCAUCAGCCACCGCCUAGAGUACGACAUUCGCAGACGUUGAAGCAACCUGGUAAACUGGAUAUGAAUAACUACACGAUGGUCAGCGAUGCACUACAACACAUCACAAUCGGACCUCCUGCUCACUCCAGAUCCGAUAGAAAGACGCAGCGCACUGGUUGGACUCACUCCAGUGGUCAGCAAGGCGGGCACCAUCAUCAUCCGUCCGGAGUCAGCUCCGAGACUGAACUUGAUGCGCAGUAUGCACAGAUAAAAGAAACGAAUGAGUACAUGGAGGCGCCAUCUAUGAUGCGGUUACGGAGACAUCGGAGACACGAUAAGACGCCGUUACACCAGCCAUCAUUUUCCGAGACGGACAGUUCAGGUUCGAGCUCCGGGUCGGGCGGCGGCAGUGCGGGCGCCAGUCGUGCGCACGUGCGACGCCGACAUAACGCGCACCAUGCGCCCAGACACUAUAAGAAACGAUCGUUAGGCAAUUUGGUAGCGGUCCAGAGCCCACGCGUGCCCAAGCUGGGAAUGUUCGUGGGACCGCCCGAACUGCCCACUGGGUACAGAGCCAGGACGCAAGAGGAUAAAGCUGCGAGCGAGUCCAGUGAAGGCAGUUCGGAUGGAGAGUCCCGGAGGCCCAGGCCUUUGCCACCGCCGCCUCACCACGAACCAACUCAUAAGAUACUGUCAGGGGAAUAUCCAUCAUCAGCUCAGGACAACUCGUCAUCAAGCGCGGCAGACACGCGGCGACGUCAUCCCUUCAGCAAGCAUGAUCGUAGACAUAAGGAAUUCUCAAAGAGCAAAGACUCAAAGAAGAAUGCGGCUCAGAUGAACAACACACAGAAUCCACAGAACUGGGGUCCACAGGGCGCGCACGGCAUCCCCCUGUUCGUGGAGAAGUGCGUGGAGUUCAUCGAGCGCGAGGGGCUCGGCUCCGAGGGCUCUACAGGGUGCCCGGCAACCGGGCCCACGUUGACAUGCUCUUCACCAAGUUUUAUGAAGAUCCUAAAAUAGAUUUAGACUCACUGGACAUACCUGUGAACGCGGUGGCGACUGCACUGAAAGAUUUCUUCUCGAAGAGAUUGCCGCCGCUACUCGACGAGCCUAGCAUGGCUCAGCUUGAAGAUAUCGCCACGAUGCGCGGCUGCUUCGCGGGCGGCGUGGAGCUGAAGGACCGGUCGUGGCGGCUGCUGGCGCUGCGCUCGCUGCUGCAGGCCGCGCUCACGCCGCUCGCGCGCGCCACGCUCGACUACCUGCUGCACCACUUCGCCAGGGUGGCAGAUAACUCCAAGCUAAAUUCAAUGGAUAGUAAGAACUUGGCGAUCUGCUGGUGGCCCACCCUUCUUCCAGUGCAGUUCUCAGACAUGGGUCGAUUCGAGAUGACCAGGCCGUACCUUGAGGAUAUAGUGCAGACCAUGAUCGACCAACACCCCUUUCUGUUCCGGGGGCAAGAAGCUUUUGUUAUGGUGUGA